CCCUCCCUGGAUUUCUGGAGUACUUUCCAGGAAGAAGUUAAACAUUCACCUUUAAAUGGAUGACCAUGUCACAAUCAAGAAGAAGCAUCUCCAAAGACCCAUCUUUAGACUAAGAUGCUUGGUGAAGCAGCUGGAGAAAGGUGAUGUGAACAUCGUAGACUUGAAGAAGAAUAUUGAAUAUGCAGCAUCUGUGUUGGAAGCCGUUUAUAUCGAUGAAACAAGAAGACUGCUGGAUACCGAAGAUGAGCUUGGUGACAUCCAGUCAGAUUCGGUCCCACUGGAAGUCCGGGACUGGCUGGCUUCGACCUUUACACAGAAAAUGGGGAUCAUGAAAAAGAAAUCUGAGGAGAAGCCAAAGUUUCGGAGCAUUGUGCAUGCUGUUCAAGCUGGGAUUUUUGUGGAAAGGAUGUACAGAAAGUCCUAUCACAUGGUUGGUUUGGCAUAUCCAGAAGCUGUCAUAGUAACAUUAAAGGAAGUUGAUAAAUGGUGUUUUGAUGUAUUUGCCUUAAAUGAAGCAAGUGGAGAACAUAGCCUGAAGUUUAUGAUUUAUGAACUGUUUACCAGAUACGAUCUUAUCAACCGUUUCAAGAUUCCUGUUUCUUGCCUAAUUGCCUUUGCAGAAACUUUAGAAGUUGGUUACAGCAAGUACAAAAAUCCUUAUCACAAUCUGAUCCACGCAGCGGAUGUCACUCAAACUGUGCAUUGCAUAAUGCUUCAUACAGGCAUCAUGCACUGGCUCACGGAACUGGAAAUUUUAGCAAUGGUCUUUGCCGCUGCCAUUCACGACUAUGAGCACACGGGAACCACAAACAACUUCCAUAUUCAGACAAGGUCAGAUGUUGCCAUUUUGUAUAACGAUCGAUCCGUCCUUGAAAAUCACCAUGUGAGUGCAGCUUAUCGACUUAUGCAAGAAGAAGAAAUGAAUGUCUUGAUAAAUUUAUCCAAAGAUGACUGGAGGGAUCUUCGGAACCUAGUGAUUGAAAUGGUUUUGUCUACAGACAUGUCAGGUCACUUCCAGCAAAUCAAAAAUAUAAGAAACAGUUUGCAGCAGCCCGAAGGGAUCGACAGAGCCAAGACCAUGUCCCUGAUUCUCCACGCAGCAGACAUCAGCCACCCGGCCAAAUGCUGGCAGCUGCACCACCGGUGGACCAUGGCCCUGAUGGAGGAGUUUUUCCGACAGGGAGAUAAAGAAGCUGAAUUAGGGCUUCCAUUUUCCCCGCUCUGCGAUCGGAACUCAACGAUGGUGGCCCAGUCACAGAUAGGUUUUAUUGAUUUCAUCGUAGAGCCAACAUUUUCUCUUCUGACAGACUCAAUAGAGAUCAUUAUUAUUCCUCUUAUAGAGGAAGACUCAAAAACGGAAAAUUCUUACGGAGCAAGCAGACGAUCGAAUAUGAAAGGCACGGUGAACGAUGGAACCUACUUCCCAGACUACUCUCUUGCAAGUGUGGACCUGAACAGCUUCAAAAACAACCUGGUGGACAUCAUCCAGCAGAACAAGGAGAGAUGGAAAGAGUUAGCUGCUCAAGGUGAACCUGAUCUUCGUAAGAAUUCAGAAGGUCAAGGAAAUGCUGGAGAAAAAUGUGCUGAUACACAUUCAUAGGUUUGAAACACCAUAAAGGCUUCUGUCAUUUUUAACAUGAGAGCUCUGAGGAACAGGUCAUUUAGAUCGUCCUUGUUAUUUUAAAUACAUGGGAACAGAAUGAGAGGCAGGACUAUUGAGAAGCUGUGAAGUCCUAAAACGACCAUGGAACAUCAGAGCCUUGGCCCUGUGACCUGCUAAACACGUCAUCAUAACGCUCAUCGUUCACUGGAAACCCACAGUGAAAACUGUCCUGGAAAGCAGGGGACCAGCCUGCACCCAUGCCUGGGGCUUCAACGCACUGACGCCUCACCACAUGGGCUCCAUCAGCAC